AUGUGUGACAAAUGUGAACGCUGGAAGCAUCAAAUUUGUGCCCUUUUUAAUUUCAAAAGGGGUGAUUCUAAAGAAGCAAAAUGUACUUGCCCUAAAGUGUUGUUCUUGGGGCUAAAGAUCUGCCAAGGGCCGUGCUUAGCAAUCAUAUACAAGAACAACUCUUUAAACCGUUCAGGGAAGAGAGACACUAACAGGCCAUUCAUGAUGGGGAAAGCUUUGAUGAGGUUAGUGUUGCCUCAUCAAAUUCACAGAAUCUUACUUCUUUCCUGA